CCACUGUAAUGACAGAAACAUGGAAGACGACGUAAAACAUCAGUAUUAUUUUUCUUGUAUUUCAUCAAUUACUGCAUGUAUUAUUCUUUCAGUUGCUUAUGUAGCUAGUUUAUAUGUGUGGAAUACGCCUCACAACAGGAAUCAUCCGUCCGUUAUAAAAAAGAGAUUUUUCAGCGUCUUUAUAGUUAUGCUAAUAUCGCCGAUAUUUACUUACAUGUUCACAAGAUGUAAUAAAUUCUCGACGUUGACAUUGUGGGAGCUGCUGGGCUUCAGAUGGCAAGGAUUUUUACUGGCUACUGUUCUGCCUCUAAUACUGACUGUUACUCUGUUUCUUGGACCACUUGCAUUGCAGGGGUUCAGUGGUUUAUGGAAUCUAUAUGCUGAGCCAAUGUUCUGGGUGAACAAUGUGCAGAGUCUUCAAUGGCUGCGAAACUAUGUGGUCGCCCCGUUGUCGGAAGAAUUCACGUUCAGAGCCUGUAUGAUUCCUCUACUUCUGCAAUGUUUGUCUCCAUCCAAAGCUAUCUUUAUUUGUCCAUUGUUCUUUGGAAUCGCUCAUUUCCAUCACAUGGCUGACAGAAUGAAGUCAGGUCUAAAUUUCCAGAAAGCGCUUCUCAUAUCAUGUUUCCAGUUCAGCUACACAACAGUUUUUGGCGCGUACUCGGCCUACCUGUUUCUGCGCACUGGGCAUUUUGUGGCUCCGUUCCUCGCGCAUGCGUUCUGCAACCACAUGGGGUUCCCCGAUUUCAACGAGUUGGCAACACUGCCGGAGCCAAACCGCACCGCUGUCAUGGCGCUGAGUGUGAUCGGCCUGCUUGCCUUCUGUCUGCUCCUAGAUCCACUCACCAACCCCGAGUGGUAUCAUAACCACAUCUUCUACACACUGCCCUUGGACGCUUCCUAACUGCUGCUAAAACACUCUGUGGUUAUACAGCGUAAUUCAAAAAGAAUACCACAACUUUGAAAAUCUGUAUUUAAUCAAGAAAAAAUAAUAGAAACUUGGGUAUAAAUCAAAAUGAAGAGUAGGUAUUAAAAUAAGUUUUUCCCCGCUAGAAAACAAGCUCACAAAUGUUCAAUGUGACCCCCUCCAGACACUCGAGUGAUAUCAAUACGAUACUCGAACUCGUUGCACACCCUCAGUAGCAUAUCGGGCGUAACGGUUUGUAUAGCUGCUGUUAUUUCUUGUUUGAGCUCCUCAAUGUUAGCUGGUAGAGGAGGUCGAUACACUUUACGUACCCCCACAGAAAAAAAUCGGAGGGGUGAGCUCAGGGCUUCUUGGAGGCCAGUGAUGAAGUGCUCUGUCUAUAGCUGCUUAGCAGCCGAUCCAUUGCCUCGGUUAGUUUUCAUUCAAAUAGGCACGGACAGAUGAGUGCCAAUGGGACUAAAUAGGGAACUAAAAAAAACUUCAGAGCUUCCUCAAAUCGAUGACUAAUAGGGCUUUACUCUCCGUUUAUUCUUUGCAGAGUUAUCAAUUUUCAAAGUUGUGGUAUUCUUUUUGAAUCACGGUGUAUUAUACACAGUGUCCCAGCCGAAGACCACAGAUUCUCCAUGAGAUUCGCAACAAAAAAUGCCCAUUAAAUAUUGUGUUAUGUUUGAUAGAACCUUUAGUUAACUAGAGUGAGGUCCACGUUAUAAUGGCAGUGAAGAAAGAUAGCAGAAAAACGUUGCCGAUCCUCUGUAUUGUCAAUGCCUUCUACAGACGGUUGCUGAUACGGUUUAUUGAUUUAAUA